GGAAUCGCGGAUCAAUCGAUUGUUGAUUACGAUUGCGGAAGUGUUAGUAAAGUUACGGCCUUUCUGGAAGGUCAAGGAACAUUAGUGUUGUAUAUAUCGAUACUCGGAUGCAAGUGAGUUAUGCCGUGCGAUGCGCUUUUGCCGGUGUGCAGCGAACGAUUCGACAACCAGUACGAUGCCUCUCUGACAAUAUAUAAAAAUUCCAACAUGCUGGAUGUGCCCGAUAAUAUAUCGGAAGCGAGUUUCGUGACGAGCGUUGAAGAGGCUCCAAGCCGGGAUCAAUGUACCCAGACGCCCCCUAGCGGGAAGCCCAAGCCCCGAUCUCUUCAAAGGUACAACACGUCAGACCACAUCUACGAGAAAUCCCAUAGGACCCACAGGGAGAAGCACCACCUACGACCAAAGAGCUUAGGACUCAGUGAUUCGUACCCUAUGAUAGGGAAACCGCCCAGCUAUGAUGGGCCCCCCAAGUUCAAAGUAACUUCAACAGACAGCCCCACGAUCUCCAUAACCCCACCUCAUAGUCUAGAUUACGUUUGUUCAAAAUACGGCAGCACGAACGGCUGUGCCACUCCCGGGAUGGUGUCCAAUCCAUCCGCCACUACAGUGCUGCUCAGUCCAGGAUACUUGCAGAGCCCUUGCCAAUGUAACCAGUCUUUUAAGAGUGUCAGCGAAGUGGCGCUGACCAUGCCAGCUGCUAACGGCUGGAACGGAGACACUCCAGCCAAUGGACUGUCAGAUGGCUUGUCCUGGAGACGACUGCACAUGUCCAGGGCAAAGUUGAAAGCCACUGCGACCACCUCCGAAUUACUUUCAGGUUUCGCGAUGGUGGCCAUGGUAGAACUUCAGAUAAACGAACCAACGAAUGUUCCAGAAUGGUUGUUUGUCAUGUUCGCUGUAUGCACGACGGUGCUGGUAGCCGUCCAUAUAUUCGCUCUGAUGAUCUCAACAUAUUUACUACCUAAUAUCGACGCGGUCAGUAAAAUGGAGUCACCAGGGGGCCCAGCGAUCGCCUUGCGGGACUCCCCACACGAAAGGAUGAGGGGGUUCAUUGAACUGGCCUGGGCGUUUAGUACUGUCUUAGGUCUAUUCCUGUUCCUAGUUGAAAUUGCGAUUCUCUGCUGGGUGAAGUUCUGGGACUAUUCUUUUGCAGCAGCCACCGCGGCCACCGUUAUUGUCAUACCAGUGCUUAUAGUAUUUGUGGCGUUCGCGAUCCACUUCUACCACUCCCUGGUGGUGCAGAAGUGCGAGACCUCGGUGCAGGACAUCCAACAGCUGGAGAACAUGAAGAGAGACCUGGACACAGCUACCGUUAAAGUCAACAUGUUUUGAAAGUUUUGAUUCGUUAUAAUAGAUUUUCCAAAUUGAUAUUCUUUGUUUUGCAACGAAAGAAAGCUAUCGUUAAAACCAUAGACGUUGGAAUAAUAUAAGACAAUAGAAAUGCCAUAUUGCGUAUGUGUCGUAAUCUUGUAUCGCACGCAGUUUUCUGAGCAGUUGUAAACUGACAAGCAAGUCGUUAUGGUGUCACAACCAUCAGCUACUAUUUUUCUUGUAUUUAUAUUAUUUCGAUUUCUAGGUUUAACAAAUUUUCUAAGUUUCUUACAAUUACAAAAAGCUUCUGAAAAAGUUUAUAUAUUCACUCGAUUUCCAUAAAAGAGGAAGUUCUCUUGAGAAUAUUCUCUUCGUUACUUUUUUUGUAGAAUUUUGGUCGUCGUAAAAACCUAUAUCUGGUUUGUAAAAAAACUAUUUCAGACGAUAUAUUUUUUCUGGAUUGUCGAAUAGUUUAAAAAAAAAGUGUCACAAAUUUAUAAAAAAUGUAUUAAAAAUUUUCUUAGUUUAAUUGGGCUGUAAGCUGGAAAGUUGAAAAAUUAUGUAUUGUUUUCUAAAGAAAACAGCCUUUUAAUUUUUAAUUUCCAUUUAUUGUUUUCUAAUGAAAUAUAUUAAUGAGAUUUCAUUUAAAUUUUUUUUAAAUAUUAGGUCCAUCCAUGUGACUUGUGAAAUUAGCGUAUUCAUUUACUAGCUACUUUAAUCACAAAUUUCUCCCAUUUGGUUGGGAUUUCCAAAUUCAUUUAUACAGCUAUUUACACAUGUAUUUGUGUUUCAUUAACCGUCAUUCAUUUGCUGUUUUUGUCACUCAGUUUACAAAAUGGAAAACUUGAAAUAUCGCGUUAUUUACAAAUACGAGUUCCACCGUGGCAGCAGCGCUGAGGUUCACAGGGUUAAAAAAAGAAAAAUAUUCAACUCCGAUAGGGCAGUCCAAACCGCCUUCAAACCGAUUGCAUUGAUUCCCGUCCGAAUGGUUUUUUUUUAAGUAAAGCAAUCAAUGAACUUAUGAAAUAACAAGUGCAUAGAUAAUAAUGGUUCUUACUUUGAUUAGGUAAAUAAUAUUCCACGUUUUAUUACUCCUAUACCAGACGCCAAUUUCAUAUGUAAGGACCUAAUAUUUAAUCUUAUGCAUGUAAAUAUAUUUAUAUUUCAAAGUGCCUAUUACUCGAAUGCUGAAGUAAUAAUAGGUAGUUAUUAGUUUUUAUUGUUAAUUUUGACCACUUGUUAAAACGCUAGUAUAAUUUUAAACGUGUUUUACCGAUAAAUCAUUCACAAUUUUGACCUGACGCAAACUUCACUGACUUAAUUUUCAUUUAUAAUGAUUUAAUAGUACACAUUUAGAAACUUUGUAAAAAUAAAUGUAUCUUCUUACGACUAAGCAGACAGAUAAAAAGAACCGCAACAACAUUUUUUUGGCGUCAGUUCAGAACUGCACCAUCAAUGGCGCAAAUGAGACUAAUAAGUUACAUUUGCACGAUUAAUAUGAAUACAACGACUUCAACUUACUUUUCUUGUCUCGAUUGCAUCAUUGACUUACACCACCAUGGUCGCGUCAGGUAGACAUUACGAAUAAUAAUAGCCAAAAUUAUUGUCAAUACAUUAUUUAAGCUUUAUAAUAUACGGCUUCGUCGUGUACUCUUAAUAUGCAAUAUAGUUCAAACCUGUGGCCCUGGAUGGUUUGGUGCCUCUAUAGUAGUAAGUCACUUAGGCCUUACUUUGAAGAUGUAAUCCACGACUUGUGCCUUACCCAGAAGAUGUAGUGCACGGCUUGGACCUUACACUACAGAUAUAAGUAACUUGUAUAUCCCUAUUCGUUACGUCCUCUGCUGCGAAAUGAAUCAACUAAUUUAAUACCAUUAUUUAAGACCUUCAAUGGACAUGAUUGUUUCCUCUAGACACCUUAUUCCCAUUUUUAUUGAGGUUUGCUUUCUUGACAAAUUUUCUCUAAAGAAUUUAACUCUGGUUUUGUUACAUAUUAUUUGCUAUGGCUUCUGCGUUUCAAAAUAAAUUUGACUUCGAAAAUGAUUAAAGUCACAGACGUGGUUCUAUCUUCAAAGAGUAUUGUGCCUGAUUGUACUGGGCCAAGUCUUUGAAUAAGUAUAAUUUAAAAAAUUAUGUAACUAGCAAUCAUAAUGUACAACCAAUAAAGACUGUAUAUGUAUAAUUAUGUAAGUUACAUGAUAUUUAUUAGUAUAAUCGAAUAUAUUACGAUACGAAAUAGAAUAAUAUUAAAUACUGCUUUCCUAAGAGGAGAGAGUUAGUGUAAAUUCGCCUAAGGCAAAGUAUUUUACAAAAAUUUUAAAAUCCAAAUGUUGAAUUAUACUUAAUGAAAAAUUUAUUGCAAAUUUAUAGAAGAAUGUGCGAAUUUAAUCGGUGCUAGAUUGUAGACAAUGUAGGAAGUCAAACAGGGAAGUACUAACCGGCGGCCUAGGGAUUAAGUCUGUAAAAAAAUGUACCAAACCAAUAGUAUGUAUGUAGACAGUAGUUUUUGAAAAUACCUUUAUUCGCAAAAUGUUAAGAUUAAUAAAUUCUGUACUACGAACUACCAAAAUAUUUGGAGAACCAUUAAUAAAAAUACAAGACUUAUCCGCGAGAUUCAAUCGAUACCAUAAUGAGACAAAAUUGGCACAUUUGGUUAUUUUACUGAUUUAUCUUACGCAAUCGGAAGAUCAUCAAUCAUUUUUUACAAAAGUACUCGUACAUACGUUUUAUAUUUAAUCUUUGCCAGUGACCGACGGACAGGUGUGCUGAACACUAAUCUACAAACCUUACCUCUACAUUGCCUAGGAUCUGCACGGAAUAUCAGUAUUUUAGAUUAUAGAACCUAAUUAAAAUGUGAGCUUUGUGAUUUGUAAGUAAUAAAAGAUUUUAGCAAAUAAUA